UGGAGGUGAAAGGUCGUGUUGCCCAGCCCUCUACCAACAUGGCGGAGAGCGAGCAGCAGCCAGGUGCCUCUCCUGAAGAUGAUAGACCUCCCAUACCUGUCAACUUCAUGGUGCCAAAGAAAGAGAUCAGCAUGGUUCCUGAUAUGGGCAAAUGGAAGAGAUCUCAGGCGUAUGCAGACUACAUGGGAUUCAUUCUGACUCUGAAUGAAGGAGUGAAAGGAAAGAAGCUCACAUGUGAAUACCCAAUUUCAGAGACAGUGGAGAAGCUGCUGUCACUGUUGGGGACCUUAGAUCGUUGGAUAGAUGAAACGCCACCUGUAGACCAGCCCUCACGCUUUGGCAAUAAAGCUUACCGUACUUGGUAUGCCAAACUAGACCAGGAGGCUGAGAAUCUAGUCUCUGCAGUUCUUCCAUCUGAUCUCAGUGCUGCUGCUCCAGAAAUCGCUGUAUAUCUGAAGGAGGCUGUAGGCAACUCUACCAGGAUUGACUAUGGCACAGGUCACGAAGCUGCCUUUGCAGCAUUCCUCUGCUGUCUUUGCAAAGUGGGAGCUCUUCGAGUGGAAGACCAGUUGGCCUUAAUAUUUAAAGUAUUUGACAGGUAUCUGCAAGUGAUGCGGAAGCUGCAGAAGACGUACAGGAUGGAGCCGGCGGGCAGCCAGGGCGUGUGGGGGCUUGAUGACUUCCAGUUUCUGCCCUUCAUUUGGGGCAGCUCCCAGCUUAUAGACCACCCAACCCUAGAGCCCAGGCACUUUGUGGAAGAGAAGGUGGUGAAUGAAUACCACCAGGACUACAUGUUCUUGGAGUGCAUCAAGUUCAUCAAUGAGAUGAAAACGGGUCCCUUUGCUGAGCACUCUAACCAGCUGUGGAACAUUAGCGCUGUCCCUUCCUGGUCCAAAGUCAACCAAGGCCUUAUACGAAUGUACAAGGCUGAAUGUCUAGAAAAGUUCCCCGUCAUCCAGCACUUCAAGUUCGGCAGUCUGCUUUCCAUCCAGUCUGUGAAACCAUGAAUGGCAGCAGGAAGACCCAAUCAAAGAGCACAACCAAAACUCAAGCCCCUGAGUAAACCACUGAAUCCCCCUAGCCACAAUCAUCAAGCCCCAAUAUUUACCCAUUGUUCAGAAUUAAUACAUGUGCCUACAGUCCAAAUCCUACUUCUAACACCAAGUUAGCAUGGCUGCCACCCUAAUGAUGGAAUUUGUUUUGCUGAAAUUUCUGAAUUUCCCUGCAGGCUGGAAACAGAGUCCUCCCUCCCCCCUCUAAAAAAAAUCACAGUGCUCUGUUCUAGGCCUAAGUAUAGUCCAUGGCGCAAUAAGACUCAUGUGCUGAUUCCUGAUCUCCAGCGUUCUUAUUUAUUUAUGUAAAUGUACAUAUGAAGAGUAGAGCUAGCCUGAAAGGAUAAGUAAAGGCUUGGUUUUGGUCUUGAUGUGGAAGAAACAGGCACUUUGUCAAUUUUCCCCAUUUAGAGUGUAUAAUGAUCAUUGACAAAUGGAUGAAUUGUGUGGGUGUGCACGCACAUCUGUCUCAAAAGGACAGUUUUGUGAUUUGUAUGGCUUUAUUGACUUGUACACCACUUGCUGAAGCCUGUAUUUGCUGUGAAUGUACGUAUGUUAUGCUCAUGUGUCAUUUUGUCACUGUAUGGCAUUAAUAACCUGCCUUUAGUUUUACAUGUUUGUAAUGUUUAUUUCUUGCAAAGUUUGAAUUAUUACAGCUGAGUGCUUUGGCUGUACCUUUAAUGUAGAACCCCCGAAAGAAAAAAAAAAGGUGCGAUAAAUGAAAACCCAUCUUGUUGCCAUAGUCUUCCAUGGAAAAACUCAACAUGGUGUAAAAAUUGGGUUCACAUACAUUAUUGCACUAAAGGAGGGUGAAUUGCAUCCAGAUUUAAUGUGUAAAUAAUUGGUUUUAAGGUAAUCUAAGAGUUCAGCACAGAUGGACCUUUCAUCAAAGUUCAUAUUAAGCCUUGAACGGACAAAGUAUAGCCACCCCAUCAUUCAUAACGAGUUGGAACAAUUCAAUGUCCACUUCAUUGUAUUUCCACUCACUGACAUUACAUCUCUGUACAGUUAACUGUACAGUGUCAGUUUUCUAAGUGAAAAUAAGUUAACACAUCUCCUGCAGUGAACACACUUCUGCACAUUUUAAUGCAUGGGGAGAUCAUUCAUUGUGACCAAAAGUGCAAAACUUAUGGCAUAUUUGAUGUUUUUUUUGUUUGUUUUUGUUUUUUUUGGACCAGAUGUUAUUUGUAUGGAUUCAUUUAAAGUGACACAAAGUGUAGUAUAUGUAGUGCUGGUACGAGAUCAGGCACAUCAGUGUUGCUGUCUUUUUACACAUCAGCAUUACCACUAGGUUGAGAGAGACUCUGUGGUCAGGAACUGACCAUUGAUUAAAGGCAAAAGAAUAACUCGUGCAUUUUCUGGAUGACUUAAGGCAGAACUAUACACCUGCAAGGCAGAGGUUCCUGCUGGACAAUGUUUAACAUCAUAAUGCGAACGUUUACUAAGUGAAAUACUAAGAGCUAUAGCUAUAUUUCCUGUACUGAUAGUAUGUAGCGUAAAGUACUCCUUGUACAUCUUGUACAUCUUGUAGCUAGUCUAGGGUUAUGAUAACACUACUGUCUAGAAAAGAAAUUUCUACCAAGGCACUUGUUUUCCUGCGUAACCCGUUGUCUAGUUCUGACGCAAUACCCUUGUUACCAUUUCUUUCACUGAAAAAUAUGAGAAAAUAAUUCUGA